AUGUCGCAUUCUCACUCCCAUGAUCAAGGCAUUAGCCACUCCCACGAUGACUUCGGUGGUCACGGUCACUCGCAUGAGAUCCUCGACGGACCCGGUUCCUAUGUGAACCGUGAAAUGCCAUUGAUCGAGGGCCGCGACUGGAGAGAUCGCGCCUUCACCAUCGGUAUCGGCGGACCCGUCGGAUCCGGAAAAACAGCUCUAAUGCUCGCAUUAUGCCAAGCUCUCCGAGACGACGAAGACGCCGAAUUCCUCAACCGCCACAAAGCCCUCGCGUCCAAGCGCAUUCGCGCCAUCGAAACGGGUGGCUGCCCGCAUGCCGCCGUGCGUGAGGACAUCAGCGCCAACCUCCUUGCGCUGCAAUCCCUCCACAAGCAGUUCCAGACGGAUCUCCUCCUAAUCGAGUCUGGGGGUGAUAACUUGGCCGCCAAUUACUCGCGCGAGCUGGCUGAUUUCAUCAUCUAUGUUAUUGAUGUCGCCGGUGGUGAUAAGGUGCCCCGGAAGGGUGGGCCGGGAAUUACGGGAUCGGAUCUGUUGGUGGUGAAUAAGUGUGAUUUGGCGCAUAUUGUUGGGGCUGAUUUGGAUGUUAUGGAUAGGGAUGCGAGGAAGAUGAGGGAAGGGGGUCCGACUGUGUUUGCCGAGGUGAAGAAUGGGAAGAAUGUGCAGAAUAUUAUUGACUUGAUAAUUAGUGCCUGGAAGGGAAGCGGUGCUUAUGAGCUGAGCUUGGAGAGGUGGAAUGCUGGGGCUACUAGGGGUUCUGGGAGUGUGGAUGAGCAGUAG